AUGUUCCGAUAUAUUGUUGUCCUACCACCACCCGCGGAUCACACCGUCACGCCGGCACACGAUCGCUUCAUUCAUACGUGGUUCUUGUUACUACCACGAGCGUAUUCCAUGGCUGUGUUUAGAAGUCCAAAAAUGUUCUCUUCAGUAUUUUCCUGCAACAAUAGUGUUGCUUACUUACUCUAUGUUCUAUGUGGCUUCCCGAUUUUAAGACACCGAUUGGUGUCGCCUAAACAGCAUCCCAUAAGUCCACCGCGGAGCAACGCACGCGAACUGGGACUUCUAAAUGAAUGCCAAUCAGCACAGCGGCGGGCAGGGACCAACUGCGCCAACUGCAAGACGACCACAACGACGCUCUGGCGACGGAACCAGAACGGAGAACCAGUAUGCAACGCCUGUGGACUCUACUACAAACUGCAUAAUGUGAAUCGGCCGCUCACCAUGAAGAAGGAGGGCAUCCAGACGCGGAACCGGAAGCUCAGCUCCAAGUCGAAGAAGAAGAAGGGCAUGCUAGGCUUCCCCGACAUGCUGAAGCCUCUGGACAAGGGCGGCUUCGGCGGCUUCGGCACGGGCGGCUCCGGCUUCGGCUCCAUGUCCCACUACAUGUACGGCGGCCAGAUGCACGGCUCCUCCAUGGCAGGCGGCUUCAUGUCGGCGCCGCCCAUGCACGGGAUGUCCGCCAUGUCGGGCGUGGGGCUCGGCUUCUCCUCCACCUCCCAGAUCCAAAUCCCUUCUAGCUUAAGCCUUCAGCCUCCAGUGAAUGGAUGGCGCUCGGACUACGCAUGACCUGACUUGCUCCCAGUGACCUGAUUAUGUCUCGAAAACGAUGUCACAAAUAUCGAAAUGGCACCACUAAUGUCUGAGUGCCUUUGCAACUCCUGGCAUUAACACGGCAGUUUCUCGUACGGUUGAAUCGUGAUUUCGAUUCAGAUGAACGGAUAUUUAUAAUUUUAAGAGAUGCGUUUUUCUGUGGCAAUGUUCAUGUUUAAUCGUGGUUUUGUCUCAAUAUUUUUGGAGAUGAUUUACAGUCAUAUGAUACAAUUUAGAUGAAGUAGACGCAACCCAUAUUUGUAAUAUGUAAGACUUAUAAUCCAAUGCUCCUAAUGACACAAAACACUUCAAAAUGAUUUAGUAAACUUAGAAAGUUCCGAUGUAAACAAGAAAUGAAUUCACGUGACCUGGUAACAAAAAUUAUAGACAACCGGGAAGCGUUACCAUGAAGCACUCUAAUUAUUUUGUGAAGAAUAACAUUCCCAUCAAGACAUAUUUCAACACUAUUAUUGUUAUCACUAUUAUGCAAAUACUAGUAUAUUGGUAAUUGGUUUAUUAUACAUUAAAAUUCAGUGUGCCUGGAACCCGCGCACCAUAGCAUGUGCCAGAGUCCACCCAGGAUAAAAGAGGACCAGUCUUUUGCAUUCAUUUAUUUUUUAUCUAUGAUCUUUUAAGCCUAAUCUUAAACAAUUAAGGAGUAAGCGUGGUAGAAUUCCUUUUUCUAUGAAAGCACAUACAUACAGACGCACGAACUCACCCUAAAGCAAAACCACACACUAUACA